CGAGCGCCGUUGUCAGCUGCGCCGGAAGUUCCUAUCCGGGCCUGGCGGUAACCUUGGGGGCCUCCCGGGUGCCUCCGCGGCUGCCGUAGUGGGCUUUGCGAGUCUGAACCUCAGCGGCGCUAGGCUCCUUAGCUGCGGAGAGCCUCCGGGUUUGCGGUGGAGGACGCUGAGGCUCGCGGGGGGCAGGCACCCGGGCUCAGGGCCGCCCAGCCGACAUGUCGCUAGUGGCGGAAGCCUUCGUCUCCCAGAUUGCAGUAUUCUAAGGAUUUUCCAGCACUGAGGAAGGCACUGAGGAAUUGUUGAAGUUAUUGAACUGACCAUCACAUUUCAGAGAAUUUAAAAAGAUCGUAUUAGUCAUAUGAAUAAUCUUACACAGUUGUGCUUAUGACUUUGGAGAUAUGAAGCUGAUAUUGAAUGGGGCAUAUGGUAAAGCAGAACAGUGACAAAAUAGGUUGAUUAUCCCCAAUUUGGAAGUCUGAAAUCUGAAAAUGCUCCAAAAUCCAAAAUUUUUUGAGUGCCAACGUGAUGCUCAAAGGAAAUGCUCAUUGAAGUGUUUUGGAUUUUGGAUUUUUGGAUUAGGGUUGCUUAACUGCGGCAGAACCUUGGCCUGAAAAUGCUACAUUGUAUCAGCAAUUGAAAGGGGAGCAAAUUUUACUUUCUGACAAUGCAGCUUCUCUUGCUGUGCAGAGAGACAUCCUGGAGUGAUAUCCUGUGUUUGGGAGCAGAGAGGGAGAGGGAUCCUGUGUGAAUCUCAGUAUGCCUUUUUGCAAAUGUGUAAUUUGCCUAUCAAAGUAGUUUGUAGGGCAAAUGCAGAAUAUAUGUCUCCAUCUGGUAAAGUACCUUUUAUUCAUGUGGGAAAUCAAGUAGUAUCAGAACUUGGUCCAAUAGUCCAAUUUGUUAAAGCCAAGGGUCAUUCUCUUAGUGAUGGGCUGGAUGAAGUCCAAAAAGCAGAAAUGAAAGCUUACAUGGAAUUAGUCAACAAUAUGCUGUUGACUGCAGAGUUGUAUCUUCAGUGGUGUGAUGAAGCUACAGUAGGGGAGAUCACUCAUGCUAGGUAUGGAUCUCCUUACCCUUGGCCUCUGAAUCAUAUUUUGGCCUAUCAGAAACAGUGGGAGAUCAAACGUAAGAUGAAAGCUAUUGGAUGGGGAAAGAAGACUCUGGACCAGGUCUUAGAGGAUGUAGACCAGUGCUGUCAAGCUCUCUCUCAAAGACUGGGAACACAACCGUAUUUCUUCAAUAAGCAGCCUACUGAACUUGAUGCACUGGUAUUUGGCCAUCUGUACACCAUUCUUACCACACAAUUAACAAAUGAUGAACUUUCUGAAAAGGUGAAAAACUAUAGUAACCUCCUUGCUUUCUGUAGGAGAAUUGAACAGCACUAUUUUGAAGAUCGUGGUAAAGACAGACUGUCAUAGAGUUAUAUGUUAGUCUCAUUAAGUCUAAUUUUUGACAUAUGUUUUACUUGAAUGUUAUAUUAGAUAUUGGUAUCAGAAUUUUAAAACCAAAUUACUGUUUUUUGAAACCUCAAAACAAAUUAUACAAUUUAUCUUAUAUAUGUGCUUUAUAUUGUUACUUGUGUACACAUUAAAAUAAUUCUGAAUUAUUUCAUUUGAUAUAUUGUAUUCUAUGUCUUGAAAUUUUUGUUUCCUUGAAACAUGCAUGCAUAUAAAAAUAAAGCUUAAACAACUGUA